GACAAACGUCGACUGGUCAAUUUUUGACGUUUCUCUUCUGGUUUUCUGCACUCUGGCUGGCUCGUUAAUUUGGUUAAUCAAGGAAAGUUGAGCGGAUAUUUCGAUUUAAAUCAAAUCACAAUGGCUUCUAAAAGUGCUGACCGGAAAACAAAAGCUAAGUCUGCCGAUAUCAAAAGUAUAUGGAAAUGUGCAAUCACACAACAUUCGGAAUGGGCAGAUAAAGAUGAUUUUCUGGAUGUUAUCUAUUGGUCCCGUCAAGUAAUUGGAAUUUCGAUUGGAGUUGUGAUGGGUAUAAUUCCGAUGAAAGGAUUCAUUGCGUUGGCUUUGUUUGCUUUGAUCAGUUGUGGCAUAGUUUAUUUCUACAGUACGAGCUUCCAAUCGAUUGAUGAAGAGGCAUACGGAGGAAUAUGGGAAAUCAUCAAAGAAGGAUUCAUGACUUCGUUCGCCUGUUUCUUAGUAACGUGGAUAAUUUUUUACACUGGAAUGCAUGUUGACACAUUAACUGUGAAACCAGUUCAAUGAUAUAUGUAACUGUUGAAUAAAUUAAAUUGAAAUUAGUUCGUUA